UUAGGACUGAGCCACAGUGUAACGCGCUGAGAUGGUUGUUAUGGCCACUGAGACGCUUGCAGGCUAACGAAUCUCUGAGGAAAUUUAACUCUUAAAUACGCAAAUAAAUACAAAAUAAAGUUUUACAAAUACAAAAUAAAUCAUAUUAUUAGCAUUUUAAACUCAUUAUCGUCGUUUUUUGUUUUCAGUGUUGCAAGUCUGAAGCUUAUUAGUGUGAACGCCUCGGUUAGCUAGCUAGUCUGUUCUUAAUUUGUCUUUAUAGUAAAUACAAGUCCGUAUAUAUUCAUAUUUUCAAAAUGAAGAAGAGAAUGGAGAAAAGCAGCAAGGAGAGAGGAAGCUCUGGGGUUGAAGAAGAGCCUUUAAAAACUGCAGGACUGAACACACAAGACAAACUCCCAAUCCUUACCAUAGAUAAAUUCCAGUGCUGUGGCAAUAUAGAGGUGGAAUUUCCAGAGCUGUGUACCUUAGCUGGCAUUAGAGAAAUCCCUGCUGUUAAACAACGAACAACAGAAUCAUCUUCCACAGAGCAAGCAAAUGAAGGUAGCCAACCCCAAACCUUCUCUAAAAGGUCUAUGACUACUUGGUCUUCUAAACCCUGCCUUCAAAUAGAGAUCGAAAACGAGGACCAUCGAAGUAUAAAAAGAGUCAGAAUAUCUGGAUGGAGGGUGGAUGAAGCGAUGACCCAGGUGUUGGGUAAAGUUUUACCAUCUCUCCCUGAUCUGCAAAGUCUAGAGAUGUGGCAGGCUGGACUGACUGACUGCAUUUUGACUACAUUGAUGAGCACAGUUUCUUUAUGCACAAAUCUCAGGAAAGUCCUUUUGGAGGGAAACCCUCUUCCAGAACAGAGUUAUCAUGUCCUAAUAGCAGAGAACAGUAUGAUAACUCACCUGUCAUUGAGAAACAACCGUAUAGGGGAGGAGGGGGCACGUCUGAUUGGUUCAGCGCUUUCCACUGCCUGCUCCGCCAACAAAAAUCUGCUGUCACUCAACAUGGCCUUCAACUCUAUUGGUGAUGCAGGUGCCAUCCAUAUUGCACAGGGGUUGCGUUUUAAUCGCACAUUAAUGCAUCUAUCCCUGGCGAGCAAUCACAUAAGCGAUGCAGGUGCAUCCUGUUUGGCUGAGGUUUUUGGCCCAUUUGCUCUAACACAUGAAGAAAUAGUUGAGAGGAGAAGGCAGCUAAUAAAAAGGAACCAGCAGCCAGUUAAAGAAGAUUCUACAUGUGAGCAGCUUCCCUCCAUUCCCAGUAACUCAUCACUGGAACACAUCAGUAAAGGAACUAAAAGUAACACCAAGAAAAAGGAUGCCCCUAAAAAAGAUGAGAAGCUUCCAGCCAGUCAAAAAGUGGCAACAUUGGGAAAGAAAGAGGACCCUAAACUAGUGAAGAAAAACUCAGAUACUAAGCUGCCACAAACCCAAGGAGGAAAAUCAGAAGGGAAAGACAAGCAACCUUCAGCACCUGAACACCAGUCAGGAGACGUUGUGGAGACACACGGUCCUUUGCUGGUUCCUGGUGUACAGCAUGCUGAUGGGAAAGUCAUUCACCCAGGAAACACAACACUGAAAUCACUGAACCUGUCAGGUAACAAACUGACACAAAAGUCACUUCAGAUGUUCCUGUCGGUGGUGAAGGCUCAGGGUGAAGGUCUUCUGCGUCUUUCUCUCAAUAGAAACAGCUUUCCAGCAGACUGUGACACUUUCCUGGAGAUACAAGACGUUAUAACACUUAAGGAUCCUCAAAAGAAAGCCAAUCUCUCAGCUUAGAAUCAAAUUUAAACAUUUAAAAUGUUUUCCUGACUACAACCCAAUGGAAUAAGUUAAUCUACAGAAGUGCAUAAUGUGCAUAAGUGCUUUUGUUUGCUCGUAUUUUUGCUAAUUUGUGAACAUACAGGCCGAGAAAUCACCUUAAAUUCCAUUAAACUGUCAUAACAAUAGAGAUAGAUAACGUAUGGGUAACCCGAUCUUCAUUGUUGGAUUAAAAGUAGAAUACAUGCAGGGACAUACACUGAUGAGCCAACAUUAGGACUAAUAUGCUUCCACAGGUACACAGAUACUACAAGACAUCUUCAGUCCUGUGGUAUUGUCAAAGACGAAUCUUUUCUGGAACCAAUUGAACCCUCAGACACAAUCAGUAAGUUUCAAUAAGUUUAUUUAGAAAAAGUUGAUAUCUCUCAUCCAGAUCUUUAGCUGCAGCGUUCUGUGGCCUCUCCCAUGAAGGAUAGUCAAACAGACCCAGAGUAGUGUGUGUGCUGAGACUUUACAGUCAACCCACCCAGAGGUCCAUUUCUCAUCACAACACCCAGUAUUUUUCCACUGUUCCUGCAACAGAGACAGUUUGUCACGUGCGUACCUCUCUGUAAUCUUUUCUACGGCCUUGGCCCAAUUCAUCAUCAUGACUAGAACUGUAUGUUCAAAUUUAAUAUUCACAGUAUCUAUUACUAACAUAUUACAAGCAGAUCCUUCCAUUUCUAUACAUUGUGAUGCCAUCUCUUUCAUGGGUAAAUGAUGCAGCCAUUGGUAGCAAACCUGUCGACGUAUUUCCAACACUCCAGUGUCUAGGUCUGAUGCCUGUGUGCCAUUGUUGGUGCUAACAUAAGCAAUUUGACUGGCCUGUGACUACACAGCCCUAUACACAGAAGGGUUUGAUGGACUGUCUUUUGUGACACAUUUACAUUUCAUCACAAGUAUUAAAAUGAUCUGCAAUUUGAAGCACUGUAGCCCUUGUGUUGGUCCGUGGACUCGCGAUUUGCCCGGAGAGUAGGUAGCCAAUUCUUCUCUGCUCUCUUCGUAAGCUGCUCUCUUUAAAUACUCGAAUAUACGUACAAAACACAUCUGGAAUCCAUUAACACUCUAGCUUCUAGCUUAGACGUCAGACCCUGUUCAUAGAGAAAGAAACAGAGUCUCUCCUUUCCAUAGGCUUCCCAACUUCCAGCAGAUCCCUUAACACCAAACCUCUAGGAGGAAUAACCUCAUAUCUCCUGAUUAGGCCAUAAAAAUGGAGAUGUGGAAUGUUCUACAAAAGGUACACUGGCGCCAUUAUGGAAUGUCUUCUACAGCAUCGUGUUCCAGUAUGGCAAAUGGAUAACCCAUAUGAAAGGAUGUGAAAUGUUCUAAAAAGGGGUAUCUGAAUAAAAUAUCUUGUAUAAACUUCCAGACACCUCAAAUGUUUUUAGAGUACACGCACAGAAAGAUGCCAUCUGUACACAUAAAAAUAACAUCUUUAUUUGUUAGCACGUAAGUUGUUUUCGUGUGGAGACAAUAUUUUUAAGCGUCUGAGCAAGCAAGGCUUAAACGUUUUGGCCCUGAUGGCCUUCCAUACAGAUGCACUUUCUGCAACAGCCAGGCGACACUGAGAGGACUCUUUCAUAAUUUAAUGCAUUUAAUACACCUGUUUAUUGUAUUUUUUACACAGCUUGGUAGUAACGUCUUUUCAGAAGUGUGUAUAAACUCUUUUCAUCCUUAAGUUGCUGUAACGUUGCAAAUUCACCUUUGUGGGAUAAUAAAAGACUCUUAUUCUA